GAAAAACUACGAAUGAACCCCGACCAUCUGUGCGAUAAAUUGUUAAUUGCCAGCAACCCACUUGGCAUUUGUUUGAUAACAGCAAUCAUAGAAGGAUUCAUUCCAGCUAUCCUGCUCCAGCCUCGUACUAUCGGUGAACGUCAAACAAAGUGGUAGCCAACGUUGUCCUUUGCUUUGUCCAAUCGCUUUUCACCGUUGUUGCAGUCUAAACACUUGAAGCUUAUCCGUGGAGUAUCAUCGCAAACAAGCACGCAUGAGGUUUGAGACAGUGGAGGUGGGGUUUAAAACAAGAAAUUUUCCGACUUGCAAUUACGACUAAGCGAGCGAUUUCCGAGAAUUGGUUUUCGUUUUGUUUGCUAAAUGAGAUCCCAAUCAUUCCCAAUGUGUGCUGCUAUGCAGGUGGACCGUAGUGUAAAAGCUGCAUAGCGUGAAGUGGAAAGUGUCGUAUCGAAGUAAGUAAGUCGUAACAAAAAAGAACAAGAGGCCGUAUUUGUUGGGGUGAAAAUUUCUAUUCUGUGAAAGUUUUCUGUGUCAGUGUGUUACGUACUUGAGCCUGGAUCCGUGUCGGUAGUUUUCCUUGUUCCUGAUGGCCUAGGACUUUGGCGGUCCGCCGUACCACCGUGAAAAACGACCAAACAUUCUAACAUAAUGAUGCAAAAAUGUCAAUUAUAAUAGCAAUUGUACUGAUGGGAUUCAUCGAAGCAGCUCGUUCGCAGUAUCUGACCAACACCGUGCACAAGACCCCGGCCGCAUCCGAGAAGAUAAACAACUUAUUUUGCUACUCCUGCAAUGCCACCGAGGACGGCGAGACGUGCAUCGACCUGACCGGAAAUAAUGCUUCCUUCGUCAAGAAGUGCUUUUCGGACGAGUUCAUCUGCAUGGUCAAGCAGUUUUCCUACACGGUGCACACCAGUAACUCAAAUGUUUCGGAACCGAAACUCUGGUCUCUGGAGCGGAAAUGCAUCAGCUCGUGCGAACCGGGUUGCAUCAUAAUCGGUGAACGUACGAAGCUGUACGCCUGCACAAGCUGCUGCUCCGGAUCUCUGUGCAACUCGGGAAAGGCCCAUUCGACUCGGGCUUUCAAUCAAGCGGUCUGCGGGGGCUGGACACUGGUCGCCGUGGCAUUGAUAGCACGAAUUUUCCAACAGCUUUUGCUUCUGCCUCGAUAAAGCUAACAGUCAGAUUGUACAGGAAAAAGCACACGCCAAAUCAAUUCUUACCAAAAGGAAGUAACUGGUUGCCAAACUGACGUUCAUAACAAAUGAAUUGAAUUUACCUACAUAUUAUGGAGAUAAUAAUCGAUAAAUCCAAACAUGAACGACUCACUUAUAAUGAAGAAACGAAUUUCUUGCACCUCUAAUCUUUGAAGAAAAUAUACGAAUAAAUAGAUUAGCAAAGAACAAGCUUUCGCUUAAUUUUAAACGCUUUUACUUCAAAGGUUCUUAAUCAAAUACUAAAUCCUAAUCUCCUUUAAAUAAUAAAAUGAAUCUAAUUAAUAUUUUUCCAGUUCCAACUUAUUCAAAAUCCAAUAAUUCUUCCAUUUUAACCGUUUUAAAUUAUUACUUUGAUGAAAUACAUCCGGUUCCAUCAGCAUGUUUUAAAUUUGUAUUUGAUAAAAAGAUCAUUUUAAAGUUUGAGUGAUAAAAUUAUUAUCGAACAAGAAUAUAAGAAAUAUUGAUUACAAAUGAUUCCAAAAGGGCCAAAUAGAUUAGUAGGAUAAGUGAAGGUUUAUCGCAAAUGGGGAAUUUUAACUUGAAAGAGAAGGUCGGUCUGUUUUCAAAAAUACUUACAUCCGUCAAAUACAAAUCAGCAGAAGCAGGGUAAUUAUAGUUUUGUUUCACUUUUCAGUUACAAUUUAAUACAGUAAAUUGAGAUGAAGCCUAAGAGCACAGGAAUAUGGCGCAUCGGAAGCCAAAUUGUGUAUAAUUUCAGGGUAUUAAGCUUACUUGAAAAUAUGAAUAUCACCGAUUGAUUUUUAUGUAGUCUACUUAAGGCAAUAAAGUUUAAUUGUGAAAUAA